ACCCCACGCAUCAGCCACUGGGACGUGAGGCCUAUCCUGGCCACCAUGGGGCAGGGGGAUGCUACCUGUCUGUGCUUGUGUCCCCCGAGCCCCCACCAAGGUCCAUGUCAUUAUCCACAUUUUGGGAUAUGUCCACAUUUGGACAUUUUGGGGCUGGGUUGGAAGGGCAGGUCUGAGGCCAACUGCGCAGCCUGUAGGGAGAAGAAAGACCUUCCCGGCCUGCAGCCUGUGCAGGGGAGCUGUUCUGAGCCUCAGCAGUGGUUGGGACAGAAGGAGGAUAUGUGUUGGGCAGCAUGCUCUUGGACACCCCAGUGUCAGACCCAAACAGUGUCCAGUGCUGGGUCCCCUCCGCCACCUCCAGGCCUGCUGCUUGGGCCUGUCCCGCACAGACCAUAGCACUGUGUGGUGCCCACAAAGGCAGGUGACCGUGAAGGCUGAUGUGUGCACCCAUGUGCGUACAGGCAUGCCGGAGCCACACGCAGCAUGUGUGUCAUGCAUGUGUGUACCGUGCAUUGAGUGUGUAUUCCGCACACGUGUGCGUGCCCCGAGCAUGCCGUGAAGCUUGGUCCCUCCCCACAGGCAGCAAAGAUCAGAUCCCAGACGAUCUCCUGUAAACAUUCGCCAGGGUUGAGACCACCCAGAGCUCCCACUCCACUGCAGGGGUGUCGGUAGCCUCCCUCGUUCCUCUGGGUGCCUCAUGGGCACCCCCACACCUGAGCCUCGUGUCACAUCCCUGGGGCACCCAGAGGCUAGGGAGAAACUGCAGCCGGCACAUCCAUCGGGCUCACCUGCACACACCUGGUGCUGACCCAGCUUCAGAGGCCCAUUUGGUUACAGCCUUUCCUCCCUUGUUUGCGUGCACAGCCCUGCGAUCCCCCGAGGGAGGCACCUGCUGUGUUAAGAGCCCAGGCAGGGUGUGGGCAGAUCCAGGCUCAGGGUCCCUGAAGUUUCUGUCCUCAGACCCUGAACAGAGCGACAGCCCAGACCGUCAAGUUGCACUGUCUUCCCACAGUCCCCAUCCUGGGAACCAUCUGCCCACCCCCGCCCCAGCCCAGCCACAGGAUGGAGAGCCAGCUGCUGCCCUCCUGGCUGGUUGCCCUGAGCCUGCAGGUGUAGUCAUGCCUGCAUCCCCCCGUCCCCCGCAGCCUCCCCCCACUACUAACAGUCCUGCCCAGGGCUGGAAGAUGUGUUUCUAUCCCUACUACUAGGGACACCAGUACCACCUCCAGGCAGCUGGAGACCCCAGGAUCCUCUGGCGGAGAAGUCCUGAGUGUCCCUCCUCUCUUCCAGGAAAGGGAAGGGUACAGAGGGGCUUGGGCACAGCCAGGUAACAAGAUCAUGGUCCGCGGAUGCUCAGAGCCUGCCUGCCCAGGUCACUGUCAGCCAGAGAGCCUGGUGGGUGGCAUCAGGACCAAAGAGUGCAAGGAGCACAAACCCACUGGGCCUAGGAAAGCAAGGGUGUCCCCAGGGGCCCCUGGGCUUGGCAGGUGAGGGCAGGUGAGGAUUUUGCUAAGCAAAUCCUCUGCUCUCCCCUGCCCCAAGUCAUCAUAUCAGGGCCCCCCGUCCUAUUCUCUCAUUCACCGUCCCUGCUGGAAGCUGGCACCUGCCAUGCUAGGCUGGACUCUCCUGGGCCUCACGGCUCUCUCGGGCCUCGGGGCAGGAGCCCCACUGUGCUUAUCCCAGCAGCUCAGGAUGCAAGGGGACUACGUGCUGGGCGGGCUCUUCCCCCUGGGCACAGCUGAGGAUGCUGGUCUGGGCAGCAGGACACAACCCAAUGCCACCGUGUGCACCAGGUUCUCGUCCCUCGGCCUGCUCUGGGCGCUGGCCGUGAAGAUGGCCGUGGAGGAGAUCAACAAUGGGUCCACCCUGCUGCCAGGGCUGCGUCUGGGCUGUGACCUCUUCGACACGUGUUCAGAGCCCGUGGUGGCCAUGAAGCCCAGCCUCAUGUUCAUGGCCAAGGCAGGCGGCUGCGACAUCACAGCCUACUGCAGUUACACGCAGUACCAGCCGCGCGUGCUGGCUGUCAUCGGGCCCCACUCGUCCGAGCUCGCCCUCGUCACCGGCAAGUUCUUCAGCUUCUUCCUCAUGCCUCAGGUCAGCUACGGGGCCAGCACCGACCGGCUGAGCAACCGGGAAACCUUCCCGUCCUUCUUCCGCACGGUGCCCAGUGACCGCGCGCAGGCCCAGGCUAUGGUGGAGCUGCUGCAGGAGCUGGGCUGGAACUGGGUGGCUGCGGUGGGCAGCGACGACGAGUACGGCCGGCAGGGCCUGAGCCUCUUCUCCAGCUUGGCCAAUGCCAGGGGCAUCUGCAUCGCGCACGAGGGCCUGGUGCCGCUGCCGCACACAGGCAGCCUGCGGCUGGGCUCCGUGCAGGACCUGCUGCGCCAGGUGAACCAGAGCCGCGUGCAGGUGCUGGUGCUCUUCUCCUCCGCCCGGGCGGCCCACACCCUCCUCAGCUACAGCAUCCGCCGCAGGCUCUCGCCGAAGGUGUGGGUGGCCAGCGAGGCCUGGCUGACCUCGGACCUGGUCAUGACGCUGCCCGGCUUGGCCACGGUGGGCACCGUGCUCGGCUUCCUCCAGCAGGGCGCCCCGAUGCCCGAGUUUCCAUCCUACGUGCGCAGCCGCCUGGCCUUGGCGGCUGACCCUGCCUUCUGUGCCUCACUGGACGCCGAACAGCCAGGCCUAGAGGAGCACGUGGUGGGGCCACGCUGCCCGCAGUGUGACCACAUCACGCUGGAGGACGUGUCUGCGGGGCUGCUGCACCACCAGACCUUCGCCGCCUACGCGGCCGUGUACGGCGUGGCCCAAGCCCUCCACAACACUCUGCUCUGCACUGCCUCAGGCUGCCCCCCGCGGGAGCCUGUGCGGCCCUGGCAGCUCCUCGAGAACAUGUACAACAUGACCUUCCACGCACGUGGCCUGGCACUGCAGUUCGAUGCCAGCGGGAACGUGAACAUGGAUUAUGACCUAAAACUGUGGGUGUGGCAGGACCCGACACCCGAGUUGCGCGCUGUCGGAGUCUUUAAUGGCCGCCUGAAGCUCUGGCACUCCCAGCUGUCCUGGCACACACCAGGGAACCAGCUGCCUGUGUCCCAGUGCUCCCGGCAGUGCAGGGAGGGCCAGGUGCGCCGAGUGAAAGGCUUCCACUCCUGCUGUUAUGACUGCAUGGACUGCAAGGCCGGCAGCUACCAGCGCAGCCCAGAUGACCUCCUCUGCACCCAGUGUGAGCGGGACCAGUGGUCCCCAGACCGGAGCACGCGCUGCUUCCCCCGCAGGCCGACAUUCCUAGCAUGGGGGGAGCCAGCCGUGCUGGUUUUGCUUAUACUGCUGGGCCUGGCACUGGGCCUGGUGCUGGCAGCCCUGGGGCUCUUUAUCUGGCACUGGGACAGCCCACUGGUUCAGGCCUCAGGUGGGCCAUGGGCCUGCUUUGGCCUGGCCUGCCUGGGCUUCGUCUGCCUCAGCAUCCUCCUGUUCCCUGGCCGGCCAGGCCCUGCCAGCUGCCUGGCCCAGCAGCCACUGCUCCACGUUCCACUUACUGGCUGCCUGAGCACACUUUUCCUGCAAGCAGCCCAGAUAUUUGUGCGCUCGGAGUUGCCACCCAGCUGGGCAGAGCAGCUGCGUGGCCGCCUGCAGGGGCCCUGGGCCUGGCUGGUGGUGCUACUGGCUCUGCUGGCAGAAGCGGCACUGUGUGCCUGGUACCUGGUGGUUUUCCCGCCAGAGGUGGUGACGGACUGGUGGGUGCUGCCCACAGAGGCGCUGGUGCACUGCCGCGUGCGCUCCUGGGUCAGCUUUGGCCUGGUGCACGCCACCAAUGCUGUGCUGGCCUUCCUCUGCUUCCUGGGCACCUUCCUGGUGCAGAGCCAGCCGGGCCACUACAAUGGCGCGCGUGGCCUCACUUUUGCCAUGCUGACCUACUUCAUCACCUGGAUCUCCUUUGUGCCCCUCUUUGCCAAUGUGCACGUGGCCUACCAGCCCACGGUGCAGAUGGGUGCCAUCCUCUUCUGUGCCCUGGGCAUCCUGGCCACCUUCCACCUGCCCAAGUGCUACCUGCUGCUGUGGCGGCCGGAGCUCAACACCCCUGCAUUCUUCCUGGGAGAUGAUGCCGGAGUACAGUGCAGCAGUGGUACUGGGGGGCAGGAGACUCGAGGCAAAAACAAGUGACCCCUGACCCAGGGACCUCACCCCAGUGAACCCAGACUUAGCUGCGAUGCGCGCACACCCAGUUUCUAUGAAGCAACCCCAGACUUCCCCAACUGCUGAGACCACCCCGCCCUAGAUCCUGACGGCAGGCUGACUGCUGCUCUUGAAGCAACAGCGAUCCUUGGACCUGAAGCACCCACUUGGGGCCCCAGAGCAGCUCUGCAGGUCUUAGACAAGCCCUGGCCAGGGCCUACCCAUGUGACCCAGUCCCACUGGUCCAAAAAAGAGGCCCAUAGAAAGAUUCCUCAGGGCUCCUGUAGCUCAUGCCAAGAGCUCAGGAGAGCCCCCAACCAGAUCACCUGAAGUCCAAGCUGGGCAUUACUUGCCUGGCCAGGCCCAGACUGGAGCCUCCAGUCAGCACCCAUCCAAGCAUCACAGGAAUGGGAGGUUAGUGGGUGGGUUGGAGCUGCUCUGACCCCUCUGCAGGGGCAUUCAAUUGACCGUGGGCCCCCAGAGUGGGACAGGAAUGGUAAGUAGGGUGGGGUCCCACUUGGGGGAGGAUGGGGAGCACACCCCACCUCCUCUUCUCUCUGUGGCCCGGCCUGAGCUGGUAAAAUGGGAUCAGAUGGCCACCAGCACCGUGGACAGAGCCUGGGUCAGCACCAAGGCCAGCACCCAUAGCCAAGACCCCUGGAGCCAGGAGCUAGCACCACGGACAGAAGACCAGCCACUAGGACCCUGACAGAAGCCAGGACCAGGGACAGAGCCCUGGUGCGGACCAGGGACCCAGAGGACAGCACCUGGCCAGUCCUCAGUCAGCUCUCAGCCGGGCCCUGGGGAGGCUGGACAAGCCCCCACACUCCAGCCUUCUAAGGUACCCCGGAGAAGAGAAGAGACACAGACCACACAUCAGUCCCA